AACCCUGGCCAUUACUGCCAAAACCCCUCCCCUCGGCCCUCACCCCAUUUGACUUCUUCGUCCUCUUUUCUCCAACAGAGCAGCAGGUGCUCUGGAUUCUGCAACUUCGAUCGAGCCUCCAUCGCCGGCUAUCCAUCCUCCCCCGCCGUCGAUCCAGCCUCCCUCUUCCCCGACCCACCGGUGACUGCUAUCUCCCGACUUCCACCAGCGACUUGCAAGCUCUCCUGCCUCCAUUGACGGUGAGCUCCCCAGCUCCGUCGCCUCCACCACCGACCGUGAGCUCCCCUACCUCCAAUCCUCCACCAGUGACCGCGAGACGCGAGCUCCGCUGCCUCCACCAUCGAUACGAGCAAGCCCCCUAUAUCUCAUAUCUCUCUAGUUUAUUCCUCAGGGAAAAAAUGCAGGAGAAACCGAUCGACCUGAGUCCAUCCAUCAGACUAUCAGAUAAACCGUCCAAGACCCGCUGCUGCGUUGGUGCCCCCUAAACCACGCCACCGGCAGAGCUAAAUAUUCCCCCCAAAAGCUUUCGCCUUUAAAUACAAGACGCAUCCAAUUCUCAUUCCACUCAAAAACUUUUCCACCGAAUCCACAGUCCCCAAUCGGCGGUUCUUGCGUCCUUCGCUUCGCUUGGCUUGAAACCCCUUCCUAAUUCCGGCGGAGAUGAGGCUGCUGAAGUUAGCCACCUGCAAUUUGAAUCAAUGGGCGAUGGACUUCAACUGCAAUUUGAAGCACAUAAAGGAGUCGAUUACCGAAGCUAAACAAGCCGGCGCCGUCAUUCGCCUAGGCCCCGAGCUCGAGGUCACCGGCUACGGCUGCGAAGAUCACUUUCUCGAGCUCGAUACUGUCACCCACUCGUGGGAAUGCUUGAAGGAGAUUCUGGUCGGAGAUUGGACCGACGGAAUAUUGUGCAGUAUAGGCAUGCCCGUGCUCAAAGGCUCCGAGCGGUAUAACUGUCAAAUUCUGUGCAUGAACCGAAAGAUUCUGAUGAUCCGCCCGAAAAUGUGGCUGGCAAACGACGGCAAUUACAGGGAGCUCCGGUGGUUCACUGCCUGGAAGCAUAGGGAUCAACUGCAUGACUUUGUGCUCCCGCCAGACAUUUCAGAGGCCAUCUCCCAGAAAUCGGUGCCAUUUGGAUAUGGGUUCAUUCAAUUUCAAGACACAGCUGUUGCUGCUGAAGUUUGUGAGGAGCUUUUUACACCGGUUAGACCUCAUGAUGAGCUCGCACUCAAUGGUGUUGAGGUGUUUAUGAAUGCAAGUGGAAGUCACCACCAACUGAGAAAGCUUGAUAUCCGUCUUGAGGCUUUUAUGGGUGCUACUACUCGUGGAGGAGUGUAUAUGUAUAGUAAUCACCAAGGAUGUGAUGGUGGCCGCCUUUAUUAUGAUGGAUGCUCUGCCAUUGUUGUAAAUGGAGAAGUUAUCGCCCAAGGCUCACAGUUUUCCUUGAAAGAUGUUGAGCUUGUGGUUGCUCAAGUGGACCUUGAUGCUGUGGCUAGCCUAAGAGGAUUCACAAGUAGUUUCCAAGAGCAAGCUAGCUGUAAAACUAGUGUGCCUUCUGUAGCAGCACCUUACAGUCUAUGUCAGCCAUUUAACCUGAAAGCGACUCUUUCUAGCCCCAUGAAGAUCAACUAUCACUGUCCUGAGGAGGAAAUCGCGUUUGGACCUGGUUGCUGGCUAUGGGACUAUUUGAGAAGAAGUGGAGCUUCUGGAUAUUUGCUUCCUCUGUCUGGCGGAGCAGAUAGUUCGUCAGUAGCUGCAAUAGUUGGAUGCAUGUGUCAACUUGUUGUAAAAGAGAUUGCAAACGGAGACGAGCAAGUCAAAGCUGAUGCAAUGCGCAUUGGACACUACACUGAUGGCCAGUUUCCCACAGACAGCAAAGAAUUGGCAAAGCGCAUCUUUUAUACCGUGUAUAUGGGAACUGAAAAUAGUUCUGAUGCGACAAGAACCCGGGCAAAGGUUCUUGCAGAUGAGAUAGGUUCAUGGCAUCUAAACGUUUCAAUAGAUGGUGUUGUAUCUGCAUUCCUUUCCUUGUUCCAAACUCUUACAGGGAAACGACCAUGCUAUAAGCAUUGUGUCAUUUAUUCUGUAAUUUUGAAGCUUGGUUUCAUUUCACAGGUGGAUGGGGGUUCUAACAUUGAGAACCUAGGCCUCCAGAAUAUCCAAGCUAGAAUCAGAAUGGUUCUAGCAUUCAUGUUAGCCUCACUCCUACCAUGGGUUCACAAUAAACCGGGAUUCUAUCUUGUUUUGGGUAGCUCCAAUGUAGAUGAAGGGUUGCGAGGCUAUUUAACCAAGUAUGAUUGCAGCUCAGCAGAUAUAAAUCCAAUUGGAAGCAUAAGCAAGAUGGAUCUUAGGUCAUUUCUGAAGUGGGCUGCCAAACAUCUUGGCUAUUCAUCCUUGGCCGAAAUCGAAGCAGCUCCACCAACAGCAGAACUUGAGCCUAUACGCUCAAAUUACAGCCAGCUUGAUGAAGUGGACAUGGGAAUGACAUACGAGGAGCUCUCGGUAUAUGGCAGACUGCGAAAGAUAUACCGGCUUGGUCCAGUGUCGAUGUUCAAGGCAUGCUUUCUGUUUCAUUUUCUCUAUCAGGAAAUUACGCCAUUUCGAUACAAUACUCUCACUACUGAAGUCUCUGUGGUGAUGUUGCAGAAUCUUUGCUUCAGGUGGGGAUCAACAUUAACCCCAUCGGAAGUGGCCGAAAAAGUGAAGCACUUCUUCAAGUACUAUUCAAUCAACCGUCACAAAAUGACUGUCUUGACUCCAUCAUACCACGCUGAGAGUUACUCGCCGGAGGACAACAGGUUCGACCUCCGCCAGUUUCUGUACAACGUGAGGUGGCCUUAUCAGUUCCGGAAGAUCGACAAGCUCGUGGAGGAGGUGAACGGCGACAAAGUUGCCUUUGAAGAGGGGAGCCAGGAAGGGAAGUCGGGAGGGAUGGGAGUUGUUGCUGCUGGCGCUGGAGAUCCCAAGGCCGGGUUGUAAUAGGGGAGGCAGCCAGGCCAUUUAAUCGCCCUUCUGAUUAGUAGUAAUUGUCAAGUUCCACAUUUGUCUUUCAUUACAUUCUUGUUUGCCUUUGAUAAAUUAUCAUAAUCUCCAGCCGUUGGAAAGUUCUGCAACUGACGUAACCUGUAAGCGGGCGUGCUUUGGGAUAACCCAUUGUAAUUUUUUGCGUCACAAUAAAGUAGCAGAAUGUUCUUUUUAGUCAAGUUCCUUGUUAGAGCGAAGACGUUAGCCCUUUAGCUGUUUGCCGGUCAUUAGCUUUCUUGCAGAAAAUUCAGUUCACCUUUGUAUAUAGCUUGUAUGAUGACGAUGAAGACGAUUCGUUCGACAACCUUAAGAUGA